AUGAAUAUAUUUGAGCCACCGGCGUCGACUCCGACAGGUGCCCACAAUGAUCGUGAGGCUAGAGAUAUCGACUCUGCUUCGUCCCGCUCACCCACUCAUGUAGAGUCUGCCCUGUCAUCUUCAAUCAGCAGCAGCCGGUCCCACUCUAGCUUUUCCUCUCGAAAUUAUCCCCGGAAUCAGCCGUCCCAGCAAUCACAGCACCCCUUCACGGAGAAUACCCCUAUCAACGGCGCCAGCGGACCAUCGCGUGGUUAUCAGGCCACCGAGACGCCACAUUCCACAGGCGAAAAUGAGGCGUCUGUUAAGGGCAAUCCCAACGAUGGUCUAGGCACCGAUAAUAUUCCGGGCCACAAUGGCCAGAACGGCCAGAAUGAUUAUCCCGAGCAAGAAGAGGAACACCGGCGAUCCUGGCUCGGCCGGUUUGUGGACCAAUACGGUGCUCUUGAACUUGAGAACAAGGGUAGUGUUGCACGAGACCACCUAGCAUUGGAACGAACAUUCCUGGCGUGGAUGCGUACUUCCCUGGCCUUUGCCUCUAUUGGUAUCGCCGUUACCCAAUUAUUCCGACUUAACACUGCCGCACAAUCUACAAAUGUCAACAAAUCAGAUACCGCCCCUACAACACAUUCCUCCUCCCUACUUGAUAUUUUCGUUAUGUCUUCCUCGGAGCAGGACAUGUCAAAACUACGCAGUGUAGGAAAACCACUUGGCUCGACCUUCAUCGGUGUGGCUAUUUUGAUUUUGUUUGUUGGCUUUCACCGCUACUUCGAGAGUCAAUAUUGGAUUGUUCGAGGAAAGUUCCCUGCUAGUCGAGGCAGUGUGGCUCUGACAGCUUUCAUCGCUGGUUCAUUGAUUAUUGCGGCGUUAGCAGUGAUAUUGGCUGUUUCACCAAAUGCAUAUGAGUCAUAA